AUGUACGAAAACAAGGAGGAAAACAAGAGCAUGAAACGAGGGGCGGCCGCUGCAGCACUCGACUCCGUGCUGGGCGCGGUCACUGCUUGUGCGGAGAAGAAGGGGAAGAUAACAGAAUUCUUCGGCGACGAGGCAACGUGCGCCAAGGAGGACGCGGAUAACGCGCUUUGCCUAAUGAUCUCGGCGCUGAAGCUUCCAGAGCGCAUCGUGGAUGAUCCGGUCUUCCGCUACGCGGUCCAGUGCUUUGCGCGCGCGGGACCGGGGUAUGUUCCCCCCAAGAGGGGCUACGUUGGAGGGGCGGGCUUGAAGAAAGUGCGGCAGAAAAUGGAGGCAGCGCUCGCCCCCGUUGCCGCGAGCUGGAAGCGGGACGGUGUCACCGUGUCGUCGGACAUGAUGACCGACCGUUGUGGCCGCCCGCAGGCCAACAUACUCCUUGUCAACGACUCCGGCGCAGUUUUCGAGCAGGCCGUGGACUGCAACAUGGAGUCGAAGACGAGGGGGUACAUCGCCAGCCUUCUCCGCCCCGUCAUUGAUAAGGUGGGGCCGGAGAAUGUGGUGGCGGUCUGCACCGAUGGCGGCAGCAACUAUGCAUCGGCAGCGCGGAGGAUUGCGGGCACAUGGCCGCACAUUGAGCAUGUGCCAUGUGCCACGCAUGUCCUGGACCUGCUAAUGGAAGAUGUGGGCAAAAUGGGAUGGGCGAAGGGGCUUGUGGAGAAAGGAGGGGAGAUGAUUACUUUCGUGCGCAACCACCACUUCACCCGUGCCUAUAUGAAGAAAGUGGGGGGGAAGCAGGUGCUCAAGCCUGCGGGAACCAGGUUCGGGACACAAUACAUAGCCAUGGCCCGGCUAUGUGAGGUGAGGAGUGGGCUGGCGGCGAUGGUGCUCAGCGACGAGUGGAAGGUGUGGGCAGCGGGGGACAAGGAUAGGAAGACUACAGCCGAGAAAUUCAGGGCUGCUAUGAUGGAUGAGAAGUGGUGGGGGGUGGCGGAGUUCUUUUCCUCUCUCAUGGCGGUGCCAUUCAAGGCCAUGCGGGCCACGGACUCUUCCGCGAAAGGCAUGAUGGGUAAGCUGUAUGACAUUAUGCUACAGCUUACCGAGGACAUCAAUGACAAGCUCGACGCUUCAGGCGACUUCUUGACUCGGACAGAGAGGGCAGACAUCACCAAGAUUGUGAAGGGCAGGUGGGACAACUCCCUUGCCUGCCCCAUGCAUGUGGUUGGCCGGAUCCUGAAUCCGGCCAACCAGGAGGAGGGAAUUUUCAGGAACGAUGUGGAGUGCACGAGGGUGUUCAAGGACUACAUCGAGCGCCACUAUGACCACGUCACCUUCAGGCGCGGCAAGGAUGGUGCCCCUCGCCGCGCCUCCCUUGUGCUGCAGGAGGCAUUGCUCGCCUACAUCAACUUGGAGGGCAGUUUUGGCAAGCCGAGCGCCAUAGCUGCAAGGGAGGCAGUGAAGAAAGGGGAGAUGAGCAUGGUGCAGUGGUGGUCGUGGCACAGCACCGAGUAA